ACAGGUGUGAGAGCUCACUCUGGGUUUGUAGGAACGUAUGGUCCUGGAGGGAACAUGGGAAAAUCUGGUGAAAAAGGCGACAAAGGUCUACGUGGGCUUGUUGGUGAGGCAGGACCAAAUGGGCUGCCAGGUCCAAAUGGUGCUAUUGGGUUACCGGGUUUGCAUGGAAAAAAAGGGUUUGUCGGACAAAGUGGAAAACUUGGACCAAAAGGAGAGCCUGGAGAUAAAGGGAAUCCAGGCAGCCCUGGGAAGAUUGGAUCAAUUGGUGUUUCAGGCCCAAGUGGGAAGAAAGGAGAGCUUGGAACAGGAGGCGAAAUGGGGCCCGUGGGUCAGCCAGGAGCUGUGGGUCAUCGUGGACUAAAGGGAAAACUAGGACCUUCAGGACCUUCAGGGGGAAAAGGAUUCAAGGGUCAACCAGGGCCAAAAGGAAUGAGCGGUUCUCAUGGAAGGAGAGGAAGUAAAGGUGUUGCAGGAAAGCCAGGACCUCAUGGACCAAAAGGGAAACAUGGUAAUCCUGGUCUACCUGGAAAACCAGGAUGCAGUGGUACAGAUGGACUGCUGGGAGUUAUAGGCAAUGAGGGUGACCCAGGUGACAUUGGUUUCCGAGGAUCUACUGGGAGACCAGGUGCUCCAGGUAGUGCUGGGGCCGCAGGAACACCAGGUUUGCAAGGGAAUCAAGGACUACCUGGACCAAAGGGCUCUGUAGGACCCAAAGGAUUACCAGGACCCACCAGGCUAAUAGGACCAAAGGGGAUUCCGGGACUUCAAGGUGAAAAGGGAGAUGUUGGACAAAAAGGACCAAAGGGUCAUGUUGGCAUUAGAGGAUUGCAAGGACCCGUUGGACCACCAGGAGAAAAGGGAAAGCAAGGUGCCCCAGGGUACAAGGGACGACAUGGGCCUAAAGGCGUACAUGGCGACGCUGGUGCUCGUGGGCGUCCUGGUGACAAAGGAUUCCCUGGUUUACCUGGUCCAACUGGAAGGAAGGUGUGUACUGAAGGUGUGAUCGUAAUUUAUACAGCUCUGCUUAUCUUUGCCCUGUACAUGAUCCAGGGUAUGAAAGGAAUUCAGGGAAUAUCAGGACUGAAAGGUGUGAAAGGUCGGAGAGGACCUCCUGGAAAACCAGGUAUUCCUGUUCAGCAGAUACCAGGACAUCGUACUUCACCUCAUGCUCAGAGAAGAGGAUCACAAAAUGUUGAAAGCAAGGUCAUUAUCCAGAAAGUCUCGAUUUGACAAGCCUGAAGAUGAGUUUGAGGAAAAUAGCUUCUCGCAAGGCACUAAAGACAACCCAGCAACUACCUGCAGAGAGCUGAGUCUCAUCCAGCCUCACCUCAGAGAUGGGCACUACUAUGUUGAUCCAAACCAUGGAUGUCCAUUUGAUGCUCUCCGUGUGUUCUGCAAUUUCACUGCUGGUGGUCUAACUUGUGUGUCUCCCGUCCGGUCUAAA